CUGACAAACAGAUUUUCUUAUUCCUUAACUCUUAAUUUCAGAGAGAGACAGUUUGCGCGCAAAGGAAUCAAAUAUUAUCCUCGUUGUGCCAUUCAUGCAGAAUAUCGUCGAUAUAUCGAACAUUCCACCAAAGUUCGCAUCUACACCAUCUACGUAAUCCUCGCAGCCUUUCUAUCAGCUGCAAUGCUAAUCGAUUUUCAAUGGAUCUCUACGGUUGAAUUGCGGUACCACAUAAGCACGCUCUGCGCCUCGUUAAUUGGAAGUAUCUACUACGCCUUCUACUGGGCACGCGUUACACCCCUAGCUGUCAUCAUUGGACUUAUUGUUGGAGUACUCAGUGGAAUUGGGUUUAGUGCUGCCUCAUUUUUCAUCAGUGCUACGUUGAGCAACGCCGCGCCAUUAAUAGAAUGUGGUGCCGGAUUCAUUGUUCCAGCCAUCGCCACAUUCAUUACAACUAGUCCUCUGAAUGAAGAAGAGACGCUUGAUGUCUGGGAGAGAACUAGAUCAAUCGAUGAUCCUCUGCAACCAUGGGCUGAAGUCUACAGCAAGGAUCUCGGAAUUCGAAACGCGCAUCUUUUGACCGAAGGAAGACCUCGUUUGGAUGAUGUUCAAAGGGCGUUUAGUUUUUCUUCCACAUUUCUCAAUUACUCCAUUGCUGUUCUUCUCGUUAUCUACUUGGCAAUUCUGCCUGCGAUGACCCUACUUUCCGACGAACUCUAUGUAGACAGUUUCCAAACGUUUAUGUUUAUAACCUUGACAUGGCUGUCAACGGCUUUUGUUUUCUUGGUGAUAAUUCCGCCAGUAUUUGCAUUUGAAAAGGCGCGAGAGUUGGAGAAGGAACAAAAGACGGACAAAUUUGUUACGGAUGUUUCCGAAAACUCCUACACGUAA